UCCCGUUUCAAAUUUGACUCUCCGAUAGAAAUCGAUAUUCUUGAUUUCCUGCAAAGCUUCAAACCCUAGAUCUUCUUCCCCAAUCCAUCGAAAUCGGCCUUGAAUUUCAACUACCUCUUCACAAACCAUAGAACACUCGCAAAACUACCAACGACAUCAUUGCAAUGGCGAUUCCAGCCUCACACCCCUGCGUUCUCUACCGCGAUUUCGGCUUCCGUGAGCACCAGAGCAGCCCUUCCUCUGCUGUCUCCGCUGCUGCUUGCUGCGGCGGGUGGUCUGGGGUGACAUCAGGCUACUCGUUGGCUUGGAGAGGAGCGUGCCGAAGGAGGAUCGGGGAUUUGAGGGCGGGAGCCUUCUGGAUCUCGAAGCCUUCAUCGGUGGAAAUGGAGGGGAUCUCUGGAAUGGAAGAGAUGGAUGAGGUCCUCCGGCGCUCGAAGGAGCUGUCACAGCCGGUUAUCAUCGACUGGAUUGCAUCGUGGUGUCGAAAAUGCAUUUAUUUGAAGCCCAAACUGGAGAAACUUGCAGCUGAGUUCCACCCCAGAGUUCAGUUCUAUUUUGUGGAUGUAAACAAGGUGCCACAAGCUCUGGUAAAGCGUGGAAAUGUUACUAAAAUGCCCACAAUUCAGCUAUGGAAGGAUGGCGAAUGCAAAGCCGAGGUAAUUGGAGGGCAUAAAGCAUGGCUUGUUAUUGAAGAAGUUCGGGAAAUGAUUCAAAAAAACAUCUGACAUGUAAGUAAUUUAUGUAUUUAAUUUUCUCUGCUUCAAUGUGUAGAUAUUGUGUGAUUACUGCAUUAAUUAGGUGAGAAAUU